CGGCCCACAGGCGAGAAACUCAGCUAGGUUCCGCCCCGGUGCCUGCCCGCCUCCUUUUUAAGCGCCUCCCGCCCAACCUCAGCUCCCUCUGGCUUUGCCACGCUCCUUCCUACCCCGCCUUCCUUGUCUCCCCCGACUGCUCUGGUUCCUGUGGCCAUCCCGCAGCGCCAGCCCAGGUGCCAUGGCUGCUGUGUACCUCCCCAGCCUGCGGCUUAGCUUGCAUGGGCUGAGGCCCUGGCUCUGGUCACCAUGCCGUAACAUCCAAACUCUGCGGGUACUCAGUGGAGACCUGGGCCAGCUGCCAGCUGGAGUUCGGGACUUUGUGGCACGCAGUGCCCAUCUGUGCCAACCAGAGAGCAUUCACAUUUGUGAUGGGUCUGAGGCUGAGAACGCUGCCACACUGGCCCUGCUGGAACAGCAGGGUCUUAUCCGGAAGCUCCCCAAGUAUAAGAACUGCUGGCUGGCUCGCACAGACCCCAAGGAUGUGGCGCGGGUAGAAAGCAAGACGGUGAUUGUAACCCCUUCGCAGCGGGACACAGUGCCCCUCCUGGCUGAUGGGGCCCGUGGGCAGCUGGGCAACUGGAUGUCCCCAGAUGAGUUCCAGCGAGCUGUGGAUGAGAGAUUCCCAGGAUGCAUGCAGGGCCGCACCAUGUAUGUGCUUCCAUUCAGCAUGGGUCCCGUGGGCUCCCCACUGUCGCGCAUUGGAGUGCAGCUCACUGACUCAGCUUAUGUGGUGGCAAGCAUGCGUAUAAUGACCCGCCUGGGAACACCUGUGCUUCAGGCCCUGGGAGAUGGUGACUUCAUCAAGUGUCUGCAUUCAGUAGGCCAGCCCCUGACUGGGCAUGGGGAUCCUGUGAGCCCGUGGCCAUGCAAUCCGGAAAAAACCCUGAUUGGCCACGUGCCAGACCAGCGGGAGAUCGUCUCCUUCGGCAGCGGCUAUGGUGGUAACUCCUUGCUGGGCAAGAAGUGCUUUGCCCUGCGCAUCGCCUCUCGCCUGGCCAGGGAUGAGGGCUGGCUGGCCGAGCAUAUGCUGAUUUUGGGGAUCACCAACCCUGCAGGCAAAAAGCGCUAUGUGGCAGCUGCUUUCCCCAGUGCCUGUGGCAAAACCAAUCUGGCUAUGAUGCAGCCUGCAUUGCCAGGCUGGAAAGUAGAGUGUGUGGGGGAUGACAUCGCUUGGAUGAGGUUUGACAGUGAAGGUCAGCUCCGGGCCAUCAACCCUGAGAAUGGCUUCUUUGGGGUAGCCCCUGGCACAUCUGCUACCACCAAUCCCAAUGCAAUGGCCACAAUCCUGAGUAACACUCUUUUCACCAACGUGGCCGAGACCAGUGACGGCGGUGUGUACUGGGAAGGCAUUGACCAGCCUCUUCCACCUGGUGUCACUGUAACCUCCUGGCUGGGAAAGCCCUGGAAACCUGGUGACAAGGAACCCUGUGCACAUCCCAAUUCACGCUUUUGUGUCCCGGCUCGCCAGUGUCCCAUCAUGGACCCAGCCUGGGAAGCACCAGAGGGUGUCCCCAUUGAUGCCAUCAUCUUUGGAGGCCGCAGACCCAAAGGGGUACCUCUAGUGUAUGAAGCCUUCAACUGGCGUCAUGGGGUGUUUGUAGGUAGCUCCAUGCGCUCAGAGUCCACUGCAGCUGCUGAACACAAAGGAAAGAUCAUUAUGCAUGAUCCCUUUGCCAUGCGGCCUUUUUUUGGCUAUAAUUUUGGACACUACCUCCAACACUGGCUGAGCAUGGAGGGACACAAAGGAGCCCGGCUGCCUCGCAUCUUCCAUGUCAACUGGUUCCGCCGAGAUGAAGCAGGCCGCUUCCUGUGGCCAGGUUUUGGGGAAAACGCUCGUGUGCUAGACUGGAUCUGCAGACGGUUAGAUGGGGAAGACAGUGCCCAAGAGACUCCCAUCGGGCUGGUGCCAAAGGAAGGAGCCCUGAAUCUCAGUGGCCUCAAAGCGAUAGACAACAUUCAGCUGUUCUCCAUCCCGAAGGACUUCUGGGAACAGGAGGUUCGUGAUAUUAGGAGCUACCUGACCGAGCAAGUCAACCAGGAUCUGCCUAAGGAGGUGUUGGCAGAGCUUGAGGCUCUGGAGGGGCGUGUGCGAAGAAUGUGACCUGAGGCUCUAGGCUAGCAAGAGCACCACACCCCCAUCUGGGUAGGGAAUGCCCAGGCUCGUAGAAAACAUGGAUGGUUUGAUAUUAAAUGUGUGCAUAUUGGAA